AUGGCACCCUUUCUGCUGUUCACCCUGGGACUUGCCUUCGUUGGGAACGCGCUGACCGCGAGAGCGGGUCAAGAAGGAGCCACCGCGAGUAUUGCCAGAGCCGAUGGCAUAAAAUUGCGGAAGUGCCUCGGUACGACGAAAAAGGUCCCGACGAAAUGGCCUUCCGAUAACGACUGGGAUGUUUACGCUGCAACGUAUAACAUCCGGGUCCCGGUGACACCUGCUGCUAUUGCCGUUCCCAAAACCGUUCAGGACAUAUCCAACGCUCUCUUCUGUGCUGACCAGAAUGGAUUCAAGGUCCAAGCCAAAUCGGGGGGCCACUCGUACGCCUCGUUUAGCAGUGGAGGCGUUGACGGUGCGCUUGUUAUUGACUUGCAAAACUUUCAAAGUGUCAUCGUCGACUCCAAGACAGGGAUCGCCAGAGUUGCCGGAGGGAUCAGACUAGGAAACAUGGCAACAGCACUAUACAAGCAAGGAAAGAGAGCAUUAGCCCAUGGCACUUGUGCUGGAGUGGGAAUUGGUGGGCAUUUCACACAUGGCGGUUAUGGGUUCACUAGUCGUGCUUGGGGACUUGCAAUGGAUCAGAUUGUUGGUUUGGACGUUGUUCUUGCGAACGGUACUUCACUGUACGCUACAUCAAAACAGAACUCAGAUGUUUACUACGGAAUGCGUGGUGCUGCCGACUCUAUGGGCAUCGCUGUCAACUUCUACCUUCAAACUCAGGCUGCCCCUUCCACCGUCGUCAAUUUCAACGUUGACAUCAGUGACGCGAUGCAAAGCACCGAUUCCGCAGUUGCUGCGUUUUUAACAAUCCAAGACUUUGUACACAAUAAGAAUUCCAAAGCCGUGGAUAGGAAACUUGCAUUCAGCUUGUCACUGCAGUGGAACCAGUUCAUAAUCAGCGGCACUUACCUCGGGACGCUCAAAGACUUCAAUGCAAAUAUCAAGCCAGCCAUGGUGAAAGGACUGCCGAAUCCUUCAGUUCAAGCUCGUGAACUUGACUGGCUGUCUUCGCUGAAGGACUUGAAUGACGAUAAGCCCCUGGAGAUUUCAAGCCCAUACAAGGACCAGAGCAACUUCUUCGCAAAGAGUGAUGUUAACUUUGCAGCCUUCGAGCACAGGACUGGCCUCUGGGUUGCCCAGCACUACGCCUAUGUCGACAAUGAUGCCGAUUUUCCAGGCGAAGGGAUUGACUACAUAAACAACUUGAAUGACGCUUUGUCGCAAGGCGUUCCUGGCUAUCAGGCCUACGAAAACUAUGUUGAUCCGACCUUGUCUGUGACUGAAGCACACAAUCUUUACUACGGCCCCAGUCUCUACAGAAAAUUGAAGGCACUCAAGGCCAAAAUGGACCCAAAGAAUUUGUUCUCAAAUCCUUUUUCAGUCUAA